AUGAGUGGAAUGUUUGAAAUGGUUGGUAAAAUGAUUGCCCACUCACUUGUGCAAGGAGGCCCUGGAUUUCCAUGUUUGGCACUGCCCUGUUUUCAUUACCUUGUGACUGGAGAUGUCAUGUGUGCAUUUGCGUACUGUGAUGUUUAGGAUAUUCCAUAACCAAUUUCUAGGAAUAUAGUCUUGCAGGUACAUGCUCAGUAUGUGUGGUGUUCGGAUGGCACGAGAAACGGAGAUAUAUUCUUGGAUUUCAACACAGAACUUUUAAUAAUUUCUAACAUGUGUCGUCGCCAUUACCGGAAGUGAUCAUACAUCGAAUCAUGAACGGAAGCGAGGCUGAAUUAAUGUAAACGUAAAUCGAAUACAGCACAGUAUGUUCUGAGUUUAUUUUAAAGCAAAGCAAAGAUUUACCUUAAAACCAGAGUAAAUCCAGUAAGUGUACACUGCAACUCUUGGAUACCCCAUAAAGCAACCAGUAAUAUUGGGUAAGCCUCCCGUUACUAGAAAAAUGGUAUUUCUAACGAAUGAGUCCGCGAAUAAGGCAGAAAUAGAUAUUUUGUCGGCACGAGAUACGACAAGGCCUGGGCCUUAGGCCCGAGCAUCAUGGGUAAUGAUGCAGUGGUAUAUAAGGGAAAGUGUAGCACGUGAUGUCCAUCUAGGCCUCAGAACCAACCGUUCACCUCUGGCUGAUGACAAAUUUAUUGGCCUCUUGGAGCAGACCGUUUCUCAGAUCAAACGGUCGAACGAAGAAUCGGCGGAAAGUCAGAUGAAGGAGACCAAGCGCCUCAAAUUCAACGAGUCUCUUAAGAAAAACAAAGUGACUAGAGGAGCGCUGCAACUCAGGUGUAGUUCUUUCCUUUGUUAAUAUCGAAGCUAAUAGUUUGCCUUCGCAAUCGGAAUUAGGCAGUGCCAUUGACUCGGAUCCUAGCGUUGCCGCUUGUGCUGAUUCUUUCUUGUUAGAUUCCUUCGGAUUCAGGCUCUCUUGCAGUUGAUUUGACCUAUUCUUCUGUGCGUGGAGGGCUUAGAAAAUUUCUGGAUUUUUGACGUACUUUGGAAGUUUCGCAAUUUGUCCUAAAUGUUAUUAUGCAGGGUUACAAAAUUCCCUUCCUCCAACUUCCAACACCUUUUGUUAAGAGAAACAAUACUUCUGCUCGUGAGAAUAGUGAUUUUUGUUUCGCAAGCUGUCAGCGAUUUACUUCGCUUGGACCUAAUUGCAUAACUUGCUUGCAAGUCCGAUAUCAUUAACCCACUUUCAGUUUCUACCCGUAGUUCGGGAAAGCAAAGGCUCGUUUUGAAUCUUCGACAUGUCAACCAGUUAAUAUACGAACAGAAGUUCAAAUGUGAAGAUCUGGGUGUCGUUACGCAGUUGUUUUGAUCGUAAUUAUUACUUGUUUAAAUUUGACCUUCAGUCUGGUUAUCACCACAUUGAAAUUUUCCCAGACCACAGAAAAUUUCUCGCUUUUGCUUGGGAUUUUGGGAACGGGGUUUCAAGAUAUUUUCAGUUCUGAAAAUUUUCAGAGCUCAUAGAGCCUCUGUGCUUCCUUUCGGGUUUUCUUCAGCCCCGUAUGUUUUCACAUCGAUUUUUAAGCCAUUACAGAAAUCGUGGAGGAGCCAGGGCAUCCCGAUAGCUCAUUUCCUCGACGAUGGUUUAGGAGGGGGAACAGAUUUUGUUUCUGCUAAAGUUAACAGUUUAGUCGUCCAUUCAGAUUUGCUCAAGUCUGGAUUUGUUCCUAAUGAGGAAAAGUCCCUUUGGGAGCCUCUCCUAGUUAUCACCUGGUUGGGUGUGAUUCUCGACACUAUUGAUGGAACUAUACAAGCAACCGACGAACGUAUUGAAAAGUUAAACGCUGGCCUUGUUGAGCUACUGUCUUGUCAACCUCCUUGAAAGUGCACGUGAUGGGAGUCGCCAUUGUAACAGGUCAAAUAAUUUCCCUCUCUCCCUGUGUGGGUUCCUUCGCCCGUAUUAUGACUAGAUUUCUUUUCUUGGUCGUGAAUUCGGCGCGCUCUUGGGAAAGCGAAGUUUUUCUCUCAGACGACUCUCUUUCAGAAAUCAGUUUCUGGAAGAACAAGUUGGUAUUCUUCAAUAGCAAGGUUUGUUCGUCGGUCCAGUCCCUUCCGGUCAGGGUCACCUUUUCAGAUGCCCCCAAUUCGGCUUGCGGUGCUUUCGUAAAAGAAUCAAAUUUAGUAUUUUAUCAGAACUGGUCUCCUGUAGUGCGUGCCUAAAGUUCUACAUGGAGAGAACUCAAAGCUGUUUGCCUCGCCUUGGAAGCUUUCGCGAGUCAUCUUUCUGGUGUUAAGGUUAUUUGGUAUUCCGAUAACCAGAACGUCGAAUCUAUUCUUCAAAACAGUAGUAGGGUAGCUGACAUGCACCAAUUGGCCCUCCCAGUUAUCCAAAUAUGUCUUGAGUUUCACAUAUCACUUGAGGUUAAGUGGAUCCCUUAGGAGCUUAACGCUAAGGCUGAUGCAAUAAGCAAUUUAACCGAUUAUGAUGACUAUACCAUUAACGAAGCUAUCUUUCAAAGAAUUAACCUAUUUUGGGGGUCCCACACCGUUGACAGAUUUGCUUGUCCCUAUAACGCUAAGGUACCAAGAUUUAACUCUGAGAUUUUUUCAGACCGGCUGUGUAGUAGUAGAUGCCUUCUCCCAAGAUUGGGGGCACGAUAAUGAUUGGAUUUGUCCUCCAGUGUGCCUAUUAAUUAGAGUAGUAAAGCACAUGGAAUUGUGUAAGGCGAGAGGAGCGGUUAUCCUCCCCUUGUGGAAGUCCUCUUGCUUAUGGACUUUAUUUUGUAGAGACGGUGUGCAACGGUACAGUUUCGUAAUUGACUGGGUGUUUUUACCCAAGUUCUCAGGUCUCUUUAUCAGAGGGAAAGCCCGAAACUCGCUUUUCGGUUCCAGACCCCUGGACUUUGAUGCUAUAGCCCUUCGAAUUGAUUUCGCCGCCCCAGAUCUCCCUGUGCUUGCGUAGGCUUCUGUACGAAGUUCAGUAUAGACUGUGAUCGUUGUAAUUAGCCCGGCGGGCUUUUUGUAUUCACCGCGGAAGUUUUCUCUUCUGGGUGCAAAUGUGAUUUUGUUUCAGUCAAUCCCAGCGUAAUUGCUCUAAGUCCUUUGUACUUAGCUUAUGGGUUGUUUGGCAUUUACUCAGGCUUGAAGUGACUUAAAUCAUAGAAUUGCUCGUCAGUAUUGCGUAUUGCGUUAUGACACGAGUUUGUGUCAAGAAUUUAUUCAACAUUGUUUGAAAUUAAAGGGACCCAUUUGUAGGCGUAGGCUUCUGUACGAAGUUCAGUAAAGACUGUGAUCGUUGUAAUUAGCCCGGCAGGCUUUUGUAUUCACCGCGGAAGUUUUCUCUUCUGGGUGAAAAUGUGAUUUUGUUUCAGUCAAUCCUAAAGAAGUUAUAUUUCCCUUAAAAAAGGCUUCAUGGUUAUUAAGGUUUUGAAAAGCAAGAAUGUCCAGCUCCGUAAAGGCGACGAAGUCGUUAUGUUAUAAUUGUCUAGUUCUGUAUGCCCCGUUGAGUUGCUUAAGAGGUGUUUAGUUAUGUUUAAGAUACACCCUGAUUCCAAAGAUUUUAUUUCAAGCCUAUUUCUAAAGGGAAGGGCUCUUGCAAGCUUGUUGCCGCUGAUAAGCCCACUAGUUACUCUACAAUUAGAGGGGCUUUUCGCUGGGACCUGCAAAGUCUCGGAGUUGAACCGUCCAAAUUGGGUUUGCAUUCUCUAAGAUCUGGGGGAGCCAUUACGAUAGCAAGUAAUGGAGUAAACGACAGAGUUUUCCAACGACAUGGUUUUUGGAAAUCGGUACAAGCCAAAGACACAUACGUAGACGAUAAUUUUGAACAAUGACUCGAAGUAUCGCGUUUUCUUGGGCUCUGAAGGCGUUUUCGUGUUCUUUUUGGUGGUAUUAUAUCACCUUGCCUCGUGCGUCUUGCCCAAUUCUUUGUCAGUCUAUAUAUGCCUCGGGUUGGUUCUCGGCAGGCUUCCCUAAAUAAACUUAUUUGGUGUACACUACUGAGUUAUUUGUUGUGUAGUGGAGACAAAAUUUUAUGUAACAAGUGUUUUUUGAAAUAGUGGCUGUGGUCUAGGAGUUUUUGUACUUGAUAUAUUUAAUGUGGAAAAAUGUGAAGGUGCAUUGGUCUACAAUCAAGAUGCCCUGAGCAUUGAAAUGCACAUGCGUGCAAAAAAUGUUUCUCAUGAAGAUUUACUGGAAAGGCUUGCUGAAAGGUGUAAAAGGGCCUACCUUUCACCUAUACCUACUAUUCAAAUAAUAAAACUUCUCCACCAGUACAUGUACAUUUCUAGUCAUGUAUAAUGAUUAUUUCUAUUUCUGCAAAUUUAUUUAAAGCUAAUGGAUGUCACUGGUGAUGAUGAACUGGGAGAGCUAGCCAAGAAUGGUGAAGUAAUUAAUCUGAUGGCUAAUUGUGGAGAGACAAGUGUUCUGCAGGUAGAACUUACUUUACAUUUAAGACAUUAAUUUUGUUCUGUCAUUCAUGUCACCCCUGGCAUUGCAAAAACUAUAUUAUUCAUUCUUGAGAUUGUGAAAUAGCAAAAGCUAUGCAGGAAUUUCCAGAUGUCCUGUUACACAUGCUCAGAGAUUACACCACUGUCUUGAGCUUGAUGGGAACUGUUUACAGGAUGGUUAUACAGUAGCUUUAAUAUAUCAGAAAAUUUUCUGAGAUGUUGUAUACAUGACAAUUAGAUAUCAUUUUGUGAUUAUAUUGGGACCAGAGAUGGUCAUUCUUUUCUCUCAAGUAAGACACCUCAUUUAACAGUAAUACGCAUUCAGAAGACUUAUAUGGCUACAUACUAAAGUUGCUACAAAUUUUAUUUAGUUGAUUGGUUUGAAGCCAUUUAAGUGCCAGCCUAUUUGUUUGCUACAAUUUAAGAGAAUUGUGUUGCAUUUUUGUUUGGACAUUACUGUUAACAUCAUAUUUUAUUUCAGAUGUCUACCAAAGGGAAAAUAAUCCAAUCAGUAGUCAUGUACAAGGUCAUUUCAAAAUGUAAAAUGGCAUUGGAUCAGUUGAGAAAAGGAUUGAAUACCCUUGGUGUUCUUGAUGAGAUGUCAAAGCACCCACAUCUGUUUGAGAGUGUGUUCACCUUUAAACCUGUUGAGCUGACACCAGCAAUAGUUAAAGAGUGUCUCAAAUAUUCAGAUGAAUUAAGUGACCAAGCACAGGAAACCAAGAUGAUGAUGAACAGAUUUGUUGACCAGUCAUCAAGUGCCAGGUUGAUGCAAUUAAUGCAGUACUGCACUGGAAGUAAGAUGAUGCCUUUAGUACAGAACUUUGCAAUAAAUGUACAUUUUCAUAGUGAAGAUCACAUCUCUUCAUCAACAUGCACCUUUACAUUGUUUAUACCUGAUCAUUUUCACUCUUAUAGUCUGCUUGAACUUUCUUUAAAUUCAGCCUUUUCUUCAUCUGGAAAGUCUUUUACCUCAGUGUGAACACUGUUAAGUGAAUAGUUGAGAUUGACCUCAUGUUGGCUUUUGACUUUAUUUAAAGUGGUAAGAACACACAAAACCAAUGUUGGUGCUGCUUUUCAGUAUCUCCCUUUUUCAAUGUUGUGUUGUUUAAUUCAGUGAUAAAUUUAGUUUUUUUACCUUUCCUAGCAGUAUAACUGAUGUUUAUGUUCAGUGCUGAUUCCUGGGAAUGAUAGUCUUAAAUUUGUAAUGUUUUGUCAUGCAUAAAGUUCAUUUUCUGAUUUUAUUAUUGAAAAUAACACACAAAGGACCAAGUAAGAAAUGUGAAU